AUGGCCAGGGCAACCUCCUCUGUGGGGACCUCUCUCAUCUGCUUGUUGUCUCUACUCCUCUUCCUCCACAGGUGCCCGAGCUGUGGGGCUCUGGAGAGGGAGAGGACGCUGGCGAUGAUCAAGCCAGACGGUUUGUCUGGUAAUUACUCGCAGAAAAUCAAGGAGGUCAUCCUGCAGUCUGGAUUUGAUAUUGUUCAAGAGGCAGUUGUUCGACUAGAUGCAGAGAGGGCAUCUGUCUUCUACGCUGAGCAUUCUGAGAGAAGCUUCUUCGAAAGCCUAGUGAAGUAUAUGACGAGCGGCCCAGUUCUUGCUAUGGUUCUGGAAAGGCCUGAUGCCAUCUCACACUGGCGAACUUUGAUAGGGCCAACUGAUGCAAGAAAGGCUAAAACUUCACACCCUAACAGCAUUAGAGCAAUGUGUGGGUUGGACUCUGAGAAAAAUUGUGUUCAUGGUUCAGAUUCACCGCAAUCUGCGGCUAGGGAAAUUUCAUUUUUCUUCGGUGAUGUUAAAUCUGUAACCGUGGAACAUGAUGAGCUGUAG